AUGGAAAUAUUUUCUUCUAUGACCAUGAAGUCUGCAAACAUCUGGUUUGUUCUGGUUGUUAUUUUACUCUGUGGCAAAAAACACUUCAGUACCAGACUAGGGAAUUCCUCUCAUGAGGCUCACAUAUGUCCUGGAUGUUCUCGCCUUACUUUGAAAGUGGAAUUCACUUCGACAGUCGUCGAGCAUGAGUAUAUUGUGGCUUUUAAUGGAUACUUCACAGCUAAAGCUAGAAGUAAAUUUAUUUCAAGUGCACUAAAAAGUAGUGAUAUUGAGAACUGGAGGAUUGUACCUCGAAAUAACCCAGCCAGUGACUAUCCUAGUGAUUUUGAAGUUAUUCAGAUCAAUGAGAAACAGAAAGCUGGAGUACUGACACUGGAAGAUCAUCCAAACAUCAAGCGUGUAACACCUCAGCGGAAGGUCUUCCGGUCACUCAAAUAUUUGGAGUCUGAUCCAGUGUUGCACUGCAAUGAAACCAGGUGGACUCAGAAAUGGCAGUCAUCUCGUCCCUUGAGAAGAGCAAGUCUUUCUUUAGGUUCUGGCUUCUGGCAUGCUACAGGUCGACACUCAAGCAGGCGUUUGCUGAGAGCUAUCCCACGCCAAGUUGCUCAGACCUUGCAGGCAGAUGUCCUCUGGCAGAUGGGUUACACAGGUGCUGGUGUGAGAGUAGCAGUGUUUGACACUGGUCUGAGUGAGAAACAUCCACAUUUCAAAAAUGUAAAGGAGAGAACAAACUGGACUAAUGAGAGAACCUUGGAUGACGGUUUAGGCCAUGGGACUUUCGUAGCAGGUGUGAUAGCCAGCAUGAGAGAAUGCCAGGGAUUUGCUCCAAAUGCAGAACUGCACAUUUUUAGAGUGUUCACCAAUAACCAGGUCUCAUAUACAUCUUGGUUUCUGGAUGCCUUUAAUUAUGCAAUUUUAAAGAAGAUAGAUGUAUUGAAUCUAAGUAUUGGUGGACCAGACUUCAUGGAUCAUCCGUUUGUUGACAAGGUCUGGGAACUGACGGCUAACAACGUCAUCAUGGUCUCUGCUAUUGGCAAUGACGGCCCUUUGUACGGGACUCUCAAUAACCCUGCUGACCAGAUGGAUGUGAUUGGAGUAGGUGGCAUUGACUUUGAAGAUAAUAUAGCUCGCUUUUCAUCUAGGGGAAUGACCACUUGGGAGCUGCCUGGAGGUUAUGGUAGAGUGAAGCCUGAUAUUGUUACGUAUGGCUCUGGAGUGAGAGGUUCUGGUAUGAAAGGUGGAUGCCGCUCUCUCUCUGGGACAAGCGUUGCAUCUCCUGUGGUUGCAGGUGCUGUUACUUUGUUAGUGAGCACAGUUCAGAAGCGUGAAAUGGUGAAUCCAGCAAGUAUGAAGCAGGCACUUAUUGCAUCAGCACGUAGGCUUCCUGGAGUCAACAUGUUUGAACAAGGACAUGGCAAGUUGGAUCUUCUGAGAGCUUAUCAGAUCCUCAACAGCUAUAAACCACAGGCCAGUUUAAGUCCAAGCUAUAUUGACUUGACGGAAUGUCCCUACAUGUGGCCCUAUUGUUCUCAGCCCAUAUAUUAUGGAGGGAUGCCAACCAUUGUGAAUGUUACUAUCCUUAAUGGUAUGGGAGUCACUGGGAGAAUUGUAGACAAGCCAGACUGGCAACCCUAUCUCCCCCAAAAUGGGGACAAUAUCGAAGUGGCUUUCUCCUAUUCCCCUGCGUUGUGGCCUUGGUCUGGAUACUUAGCAAUUUCCAUCUCUGUAGCCAAGAAAGCAGCGUCUUGGGAAGGCAUUGCUCAAGGUCAUGUUAUGAUCACGGUAUCAUCCCCUGCAGAAAAUGAAUCUAAGAAUGGUGCAGAGCAGACUUCAAUGGUGAAGCUUCCAAUAAAAGUGAAGAUUAUUCCUACUCCACCUCGUAGUAAGCGAGUCCUUUGGGAUCAAUAUCAUAAUCUCCGUUAUCCACCAGGAUACUUCCCCAGGGAUAAUUUGAGGAUGAAGAAUGAUCCGUUAGAUUGGAAUGGUGACCAUAUCCACACAAACUUCAGGGACAUGUACCAGCAUCUAAGGAGCAUGGGGUACUUUGUUGAGGUUCUUGGUUCCCCAUUUACAUGUUUUGAUGCAAGUCAGUAUGGAACUUUACUGAUGGUGGACAGUGAGGAAGAAUAUUUUCCUGAAGAGAUCACCAAGCUGAGGAGGGAUGUUGAUAAUGGACUUUCACUUAUAGUGUUCAGUGACUGGUACAACACAUCUGUGAUGCGAAAAGUCAAGUUUUAUGAUGAAAACACAAGGCAGUGGUGGAUGCCUGAUACUGGAGGUGCUAAUAUACCAGCUCUCAACGAUCUGCUUUCUGUCUGGAACAUGGCCUUUAGUGAUGGCCUGUAUGAAGGUGAUUUUACCAUGGCAAAUCAUGAAAUGAAUUAUGCCUCAGGAUGCAGUAUUGCAAAGUUUCCAGAAGAUGGCAUUGUCAUUGCACAGACUUUUAAGGAUCAAGGUCUUGAAGUUUUAAAACAGGAGACUGCUGUCAUUGAAAAUGUCCCUAUUUUGGGACUUUACCAAGUUCCUUCCGAAGGCGGUGGCAGAAUCGUUUUGUACGGUGACUCUAAUUGCUUGGAUGACAGCCAUCGACAGAAAGAUUGCUUUUGGCUCCUGGAUUCCCUCCUGCAGUACACUUCUUACGGGGUGACGCCACCAAGUCUCAGCCAUUCCGAAAACAGACAGCGACCGCCGUCAGGAGCAGGCUAUUCUCUCCCCGAGCGGAUGGAAGGUAACCAUUUGCAUCGAUACUCAAAGGUGCUCGAGGCUCACUUGGGAGACCCUAAACCCCGGUCUCUUCCUGCUUGUCCUCACCUGUCCUGGGCCAAACCACAGCCUUUGAAUGAAACUGCCCCCAGCAACCUUUGGAAACAUCAAAAGUUACUGUCAAUUGACCUUGAUAAAGUGGCUCUGCCCAGUUUUCGACAGAACCGACCCCAGGUGAGACCCUUGUCCCCUGGAGAAAGUGGAGCAUGGGACAUUCCUGGAGGUAUAAUGCCUGGCCGGUACAACCAGGACGUAGGACAGACUAUUCCAGUCUUUGCUUUUCUUGGUGCCAUGGUGGUUCUGGCAUUCUUUGUGGUGCAGAUCAACAAAGCGAAGAGCAGGCCAAAGAGACGGAAACCACGAGUGAAACGACCGCAGCUUAUGCAACAGGUUCAUCCACCAAAGACGCCUUCUGUUUGAAAGCUCUCGCUUGCCAAAGAUGACCUCCAGGCUUUCCUGGGCAAUCGAUUGCUCCCAGGGA